AUGCCCAGCAAGUCAAUGCCAUCUGUCUGUUCACCUGCCCCUGCCUGCCUGCCUGCCUGCCCCUGCCUGCCUGCCUGCCUGCCCCUGCCUGCCUGCCCCUGCCUGCCUCUGCCUGCCUGCCGCUGCCUGCCCCUGCCUGCCCCUGCCUGCCUCUGCCUGCCUGCCCCUGCCUCUGCCUGCCUGCCUCUGCCUGCCCCUGCCUGCCCCUGCCUGCCUCUGCCUGCCCCUGCCUGCCCCUGCCUGCCUCUGCCUGCCCCUGCCCCUGCCUCUGCCUGCCUGCCUCUGCCUGCCCCUGCCUGCCCCUGCCUGCCUCUGCCUGCCUCUGCCUGCCUGCCCCUGCCUGCCUGCCCCUGCCUGCCUCUGCCUGCCUGCCGCUGCCUGCCCCUGCCUGCCUCUGCCUGCCUGCCCCUGCCUCUGCCUGCCUGCCUCUGCCUGCCCCUGCCUGCCCCUGCCUGCCUCUGCCUGCCUGCCUCUGCCUGCCUGCCGCUGCCUGCCCCUGCCUGCCUCUGCCUGCCUGCCCCUGCCUCUGCCUGCCUGCCUCUGCCUGCCCCUGCCUGCCCCUGCCUGCCUCUGCCUGCCUGCCUCUGCCUGCCUGCCUCUGCCUGCUUGCCUGCCUCUGCCUCUGUCCACAUCACACUCGAGAGGACGGCUGACCCCCAGGCUCCACAAUCAGGCACAAACAACUCGGACAAGAUGCUAAUGGUGCUGACUGCGGCUUUCUCCUCGUCCACGAUCCGGAAGCUUCCUGUUUCCAGGACCUAA